AUGGAGCCUCUACAGGUCCCGAGCCGCCAGCCCGAGACGCCCCCCGACACGCCGCCGACGCCGCUCCUUCCAGCAGCAACCCCGGGUCCCGAGCUGGCGCCCCGGCUGGCGCAAGGCUCGUCCGCCCCGUCGAGGGCGCACAAGAAGAAAGCGUACAGCCGGCACUCGAAACCUCCCUACAGCUACCUAGCCAUGAUUGCCUUGGUCAUCCAACGGUCCCCGGAGAAGAGGCUGCAACUAAGACAGAUAGUGGAGGAUAUCCAGGGCCUCUUCCCGAUUUUUAGCGACAGCUACCAGGGCUGGAAGGACUCGAUUCGACACAACCUCUCCUCCAACCCCUGCUUUCGGAUGGAGCUGAAAGACCCCUCGAAAGCCAACAGCAAGAGGAACUACUGGUCCGUGGACGUCACCUUGAUACCCCCGGAGGCAUUAAAACUCCAAAAUACCCUUAUCUCGCGCCAGGACGAAGCGCGCUGGGUCCAGGACUUGACCCCUUACGUCGUCCAUGGAUCCCCUUACCCACCGCCCUCGCCCCCGCCCCCCCCCAGUGAAGCUGCUUCUCUGGCCUGA